AUGGUGUUACGUAUACGGUUACUGAGGCCUCUACACUUACUAUUACGGAUUGGUAAGUUUCUUUAUCUCUUUUCCUUCCUUCCUUCCUUCCCUUUUCCCCUUCCCCUUAACCUUCCUAUCCCACGAAGCGAGAAUCACCAAAAAACAAAAGGAAACAAAGCAAAACACAACAAAACUAACACAUUCCCCCCCAACCCAGUCCCUGCACACAAACACGCGCCUCCCGGACUCAUCCUCACACCCGCCAUCCUCCCUCAACCCGGAUCCCUCCACAACAAACCCCUCACAACCCCGAGCCCCACUAACCCAGCCCUCCUCCCACUCAUCCCCCUCUCUUCCCUCCCUGCAUCUAUCCCCCCUCCUCAAUCUUUCCCAUCAAAUAAUGCUGAUAUACUCGCUGCGUCUAUUCUCCCUUCUGGUUCCCUCCCUCCUAAUAUUCCCGCUGCGUCUAUUACACCUUUGAAUAAUGCGGUGGGUUCUACCUCGUUUCAGGCUGUGCCGAGCGAAGUUGGUAGUGGUGGGUUUGGAAGUGGAAGUGGGAGUGGAACGAAUGAUGGUGCUGAUGCUGGAGGAAAUGGACCAGCGCAAUUUCUUGGAGCCGCUGGGCGGAGAGAGAUAGGAAGUCUGAUUGUAGGGAGUUUGGUGGUGGGGGUUAUGGGCUUGUUGGCUUUGUAG